AUGCGGCGAGUCAAGAAGUCACGCAACGGGUGUGCCCGGUGCAAGAGUAAGCGGGUCAAAUGUGGAGAGGAGAAGCCUCACUGCAACCGCUGCACCCGCCUGGGGGUCCGAUGCCCCGGCUACGUUCAAUCCUUGCGUUGGGUAACCAAGUAUGAUGAGCCCAGUCCUGGUGCUUCGUCCGAUGGCAAGGCUGCAAGUCCUGCGACCUCGCAAGCUCAAGGCCCUGCGAAGUUGCCUUCUGGAUUGUCAGAGGAGGUACUGUCUUUUGGAGAUGCCAAUGCGGGGCCUCCGCACAACCCUGAUCCGUCCAGCUUUAGCCUUGAUGGGCCCCUUGGUCUCUGUGACAACCUGUGGGAUCUGCCCGGCAGUGGAUCAUUGCCUGAACUCACGGAUCUAUGUCCAACGUCUCCGAUCACCUCAUCCUCGGCUUUUACACAGGCUCAGGAAGCUGUUCAUGACUUUGUGUCCUCAGGCGAUACAACUGCAGACCUGUCGCACUUCCUAUCGUUGAUCGGUCCGGCUCAUGGCGAAGAACAAGGCUGCAGCACCAGUAUAUACCGAGACUUCUCGCCAUCGGCCAUCGUACGCAGCUAUCCGCCUGCUCCCCAACAGUCAAGCUCUCGAGACUUCAUGUCUAUCUCUCGUCUACUGAAUAAUCCGUCAUGGACGUUGAUCGAAUAUUAUUUCAAGGAGGUGGCAGCACUAUUCUCCAGCUACGACAGCCAGAUGAAUCCAUUCCGCACCACAGUCUCUCGACUCUGGGGCUCGUCGCUAGCCAUGUGCCGCACUAUGCAAAGUAUGGCCGCUGCUACGCUCGUGAAUGAUUUCCCACAAUUUGGGCCGAUGGGCCGCAAGAUGCGCGAUGAGGCCGUCGACAUCAUCACCCGUGAAGCAGUCAUGGACGAUAAGGCGCUUCUCGCCUUGCUCAUGCUCGGACAAACUGCAAGCUGGCAUGACCCCAAAGAUCUAGGCGUCUCUUUCUUCAACCUUCUCCGCAAACAAAUCAACACCAUAGGCUCCAAUAGCCACGAAUAUCAAAAUGACUUUAUCAAAAGCAGCAGUAACAACUACCGCUUUUUCGAAGAAGCUCUCAUCUAUUGGGAAAUGCUCCUUUCCUUCGUUGCUGAUAACGAUAUGGUCUUCUCCGACGACUCGCGUGCUUCUUCAAUGGGUGAAUCUCUCGUUCUCCAACGAGUUCCACACCCAUGGACUGGCAUUGCCCGCGACACGCAGUUCACCGUCCACGAGGUAGGCCGACUCGUCCGACGUGAGCGCAAACGCAUUCGAAGCCGGAGAUUCACCUCACAGGAGGAAAUCACCCGCGCUCAGGUGGCCAUUGAGAAGGCCCGGGAACUUGAAGAGAGACUCCUUGGCCUCGCCCAUCCGACUGAGGCAGAGAUUGUCUCCCCGGGCGACGACGAAACACCCGUUUGGCACCUUCUCACCAUGGCCGAAGUAUACCGCUGCAUCGGACUGAUGCAACUAUACCGAGUCUUCCCAGACCUCCUCCGCAACCGCCUCCCAACUCCCGGAUCAGCAGCGACCCGAGACCCAUUCUUCCCAAUCGAUCUAGACAGCAUGAAUAUGUCAACGGAUUUCUGCGACACACACCAUAAUCACAAUCACACAAGCGGAAAUCCCGGUCGAGCUCACAAUACCCAAACCUCUCCCUCCACAACAUCUAAUACCUUCACCACCGCCCCGGCAGAUCCAGAGCCCGACACGGACACGGACACCGAAUCACUAUACAAUAACUGGCUUACCGAGUUCGCCAUAACAACCCUCUCCCGACUCAAAACCAUCCCCCUUGAAUCCCGCACAAGAUGUCUCCAACCUCUCCUCCUCGUCGCGGCAAGCAGCGAACUCCGCCUCCCACACCCAUCCGCCCACACUGAACAACCCUCCCAUCAAAAUAAUCAGAAUCCAAACCUCAACCCCGAAUAUCCGACCAAUUCAAACGGCCCCGAGGACCAGGAUGAAACACCCAGUAUUUCGAUGGACGCCAUCGAAGUCUCUCGCACAAGAAGAUUCAUCCUGGGCCGUCUCACCUCCUUCAUGCAUGUCCUUCCGCCGAAACCGAUUAAUGUCUGUCUGAAAUUGGUGAAGGAGGUUUGGAAGCGGAUGGAUGCCGGGGAGACGGAUGCGUACUGGAUUGAUAUUAUGAUUGAGAAGGGGUGGGAGACUACGAUGGGUUGA